AUGAAGAGAGAAGUACAACCUCUCGGGCAAAUACAGGUCUGGUCAGCUCACUUCGCCCAAGUAUACCAAACCAACCGCAUAACGACAGAUAGCUGUGCCACAGCCAGGCUGGAACAUAGUACAGAGUACAGAGUAUCGCCAAGUCGACGCUGGGUUUCCAAGAACAAAUACUGGUCACCAACCUACCCUCUCGCGCCGGCUGCCGCGACGCCAUCUCCCGCUGCCGUGGCAUACACGCAAGAGCAGCAUUGGCACAGCGUCGCCACCACCCACCGCCGGUCUCGCCACCUACAGACCCUCGCGCCCCGCCGACCCGACCGCGCCGGCGUGAAGAGGGGCAGAUGUGUCUGA